AUGCUGCUUGCCGGUCAAAUAGCCAUCGUCACUGGAGCCUCUCGUGGAAUCGGCCGCGGUAUUGCUCUCCAACUCGGCUCCGCCGGUGCUACCGUAUACAUCACCGGCCGCAAACCGACCGAAAGUCUCAAUAGCAAAGUGGGUCUCAGCGGAUUGGAGGAGACCGCCGCGGAGAUCACGAGGCGAGGCGGAAAAGGAAUCGCCAAGUAUGUGGAUCAUCAGAAUAUGGAGGAAGUGAAGAACUUCUUUGAAAUUGUGGAAAAAGAUCAGAAUGGACAGCUGGAUAUACUGGUUAAUAAUGCGUAUCAGGGGGUGACGGCGAUCGCCGACAACAUUGGCACACCAUUCUACGAGACCGACCCCUACAUUUGGGAUACAAUCAACAACGUCGGUCUCCGUAAUCACUACUUCUGUACCGUCUACGCGUCACGUCUAAUGGCCGCCCGUAAUCAGGGACUCAUUGUGAAUGUGAGCUCUGGUGGAGGGUUACAGUACAUCUUCAAUGUGGCUUACGGUGUCGGAAAACAGGCAUUGGAUCGAUUGUCGGCGGAUUGUGCGGUUGAGUUGAUGAAAAAGAACGUGUGCGUCGUGUCCCUGUGGCCAGGAGCCGUCCGUACCGAACUUGCCGAUAAGAAAUUCAAAAUCGAUGAUCGGGAGCCGAGUAGUGACGUCAUCAAUGCGAUGGUAUUCGCCAACGGAGAGACCGUCGAAUAUCCCGGAAAAGCGAUCGUCGCGUUGGCGACGGAUUCGAAGAGAAUGAAGAAAAGUGGAAAGAUUCUGAUCACCGAGGAUCUGGGAGAUGAAUACGGAUUUGUGGAUAUUGAUGGAAAGAAGCCACCAAACCUCCGUUCCGUCAGUUUUAUCCUCCAACACUUUGGCUGGAAGACUACAGCCAGUCUGAUUCCGAAUUGGAUCAAAAUUCCAGGAUGGGCCAUUUGGGCGGGCACUAGCCGUUUGUAA